AUGUACCAACCGCAGAGACAAGUCCUGGCCGCCCUCCUGGGGCAAGGGACGGCCUACACCGGCACCCCCGGACCCUACUCCCGCCGGCCCGUGACAGAGAAGCCGAUACGAGAGCACCGGCUAAGGCGUGAGGAGGGACCGGCCCUGGAAGCGGUCAUUGCUGCUCCCAGAUACCCAGAGGAGACCAUCCCGGUCGCCGGUACCGACGCAGCGAGGGGAAAGCGCUGCAAAACUCCGCCGCUCCCCUCAGCGCCGCGUUCCCGCCCCCCCCUCGAGCCCGCGCUGCGCACGCACCCGCCCACCCCCUCACAGCGCAUGCGCAGCGCGCCAACCAACACCCCACCCGCCCCCCUCUGA